ACUCUGUGAUACCCUUCAGUCAGCUGACCGAGCUGCCGAAGUUAGGUAUCUUAUGUGGUUGCUAAAGAAACUGUCCUGAAGAGAAGACAAUGUCACACAACGAUGAGGGUUAUGUGGUGCGAAUCCGAGGCUUGCCUUGGUCGUGCACCCAGGAGGAGGUGGCCGCAUUUUUCUCUGAUUGUGACAUAGUAGGGAAAGUGAAUGGGGUGUGUUUCACUUUCUCCAAAGAAGGGCGACCCAGUGGAGAGGCUUUUGUGGAGUUGAAAACAGCAGAGGACUUCAAGAAAGCGCUUGCCAAAGAUCGCAAAUACAUGGGCCAUCGCUAUAUUGAAGUGUUUAAAUCGAACCGCAGUGAGAUGGACUGGGUGCUGAAGCGCUGUGGACCUACAGACUACGACAGCUGCAGUGGGUGUAUGCUCCGUCUGCGGGGCCUGCCCUUCGGCUGCAGCAAGGAGGAGAUCGUCCAGUUCUUCGCAGGGUUGAAAAUCGUGCCAAAUGGGAUUACAUUGCCGAUGGACUACCAGGGGAGGAGCACAGGGGAAGCCUUCGUGCAGUUUGCCUCAAAGGAGAUAGCAGAAAAGGCACUGGGCAAACACAAGGAAAGAAUAGGGCACAGGUACAUAGAGAUAUUCAAAAGCAGUCGGAAUGAGAUCCGGGCAUACUACGAGCUGCCCCGCAGAAUGAUGGGACAGAGACCCGGCCCCUAUGACAGGCCGCUGAUGGGCCGGGGUGGCUUCUUUGGGCCGGGACCAGGGAGAGGAGGUGCCGCGGUGGAUCAGAUGCGCAGUGGAGGAGGUUACAGUGGAGGUUAUGGUGGAUUUGAUAACUACAACGGCUUUAAUAAUUAUUGUUUCGGCAACGGCAUGUUUGAGGAGAGGCUAAGGACUGACCGAGGGCGAGGAAUGGGAGGCCACAGUUACAGUGGCGGAGGAGACGUGGGCUCGGGCUUUCACAGCGGACACUUCGUACACAUGAGGGGGCUGCCCUUCCGCGCCACCGAGACAGACAUCGCCAAUUUCUUUGCUCCAUUGAAUCCGGUGCGGAUCCACAUUGAUGUUGGGCCCAAUGGCAAGUCCACAGGGGAAGCUGAUGUUGAGUUUGGCUCUCAUGAAGAUGCAGUGUCAGCCAUGUCCAAAGACAAGAAUCACAUGCAGCACCGGUACAUAGAGCUUUUCUUAAACUCAACCUCGAGUGGAUCAUCUGACAUGGGUCGUGCCAGUGGUUUCUAUGGUAACUCUGGAGGCAUGGGCUCUAGAGGAAGUGGAUUAAGGGGAAUGUUUUGAAGAGAAAGAGCAGUUCGUUUUCAGCUGAAAUGAGGAAAGUCUUUUUUCUAUUGACAUGUUUUCAUGUGUUCAUAAGAAAUGUACCUAGAAUAUUUUCCAGUCUGAAAGAGUGGAAUAAAAAUAUAUCUAUA